AUGCUAAAUUCAUCUAAGGACUGUCAGGCACAAGCUUCUCUUGAGUCUCGUCUUAAUAAGCUUGAUGAAGUGGAGCGAAAAAUUACUUUGAUCAUGCAGCAUGCAGGCAAUGCACUUGAAGAGCUCUCAAAAGACAAACCUGUGGUGAAACAAGUUGAAAGUUAUACCCACAACUUUCGGACAGUUAUAAAAGAGGUAGAAAUGGAGAUGAACUCAAACAUCAACUAUUUGUCCCAAAUAUCCGCAGGUUUGCCCUAUGAAGGCACUACGUAUGACAAAGCUAUUGACUUGUAUCAGUCAGUUGAUCGCUUGGUAGCUGCGAAGCGUAACAUGGACUCCUGUCUGUGA